CGAGCAGGGGGCAGUGUGGAUGAAUGAAAACCAAUAAGAGAGAAGGAGGAGCAGAGCAUCUUCGUUGGAGCAUCUCUUGAGCACCCGACUGCAGGCAUUAUGAGUAAGCUCACCUCCGAUGAGUCACCGAUCUCCCAAGAGAUCCCUGGGCAGGAAGGAAAAGACAAAGCUGAAAACAUCAAGAAAACAGAUGCCGAAGAGGAAGAAAUAGAUAUUGACCUAAACGCCCCAGAAACGGAGAAGGCCGCCCUCGCCAUCCAGGGGAAAUUUCGACGUUUCCAGAAACGGAAACAGGAUCCCAGUUCCUGAGCCUCUCCGGCGCCUUCCCACCUCGCCUUGACGCUCUCUUUCCACCCAUCCCAGAGCCGCGGCACCUCCAUUUUCCCUCUUCCCUUCCAACCCCAAGGGAGUGGGGCCUCUGAUCUCCUCUUUGUUCAUUUAUUUAUUUUUGCACGUACUGUAAAAAUGGUCAA